AUGCGGCUUGUUGAUUCAAAGAAGUUGUUAGAGCUUCAAAACAAACCUUCAAAUAUUCGGAAUAUAUGUAUUGUAGCACACGUGGACCAUGGGAAAACAACACUAGCUGAUUCAUUGAUAUCCAGCAAUGGUAUUAUAUCUCAGAGAAUGUCCGGUAAGCUUCGUUAUAUGGAUAGUAGGCCUGAUGAACAAGAACGUGGUAUCACUAUGAAAUGCAGCAGUAUUGCUCUCUACCAUGCAUUGGAUAGCAAUGAAUAUCUUGUAAAUUUGAUAGAUUCACCAGGACACAUUGAUUUUUCAAGUGAAGUAUCCACAGCAGUCCGAUUAUGUGACGGCGCAAUUGUUGUGGUGGAUGUUGUUGAAGGUGUCUGUCCCCAAACAAGGCUAGUACUGAAACAAGCUUAUUCUGAAAAUAUAAAGCCUGUUCUUGUGCUUAACAAGAUUGAUAGGCUUAUAGUGGAAAUGAGAAUGACGGCACUUGAUGCCUAUGUGCACAUAACACAAGUUUUGGAACAAGUAAAUGCAGUCACGGGGGAGCUGUUUGCAUCCGAAGUAUUGGAAAAUGAAGAAAAUACUAUAGAUAAGCUGCAAGUCAAUCUGCCUUCUAAAGACGAUCAAAACUUUUAUGACUGGACAUCUGCAUUGGAGGAAGCUGAUGACUCAAACCUAUAUUUUUCACCUGACCAAGGCAAUGUUGUAUUUGCAAGCGCAAUUGAUGGAUGGGGCUUUACAACACAUACAUUUGCAAAGCUAUUUUCAGACAAAUUAGGUGUUAAGGAAGAAUUAUUAAAGAAAGUCCUUUGGGGUGAUUAUUACUUAAAUUCAAAGACAAAACGAUUUAUGAAAGGUGCUCAAGAAAAGGCCAAAAAACCUCUUUUUGUACAACUUGUUUUUGAUAAUUUGUGGAAUAUUUAUGAAACUAUUAUAUUGAGGAAUGAUAAGGAAAAAGUACCAGGAAUUUGUGAGAAACUUGGUAUAAAAUUGACUACUAGAGAUCUAAGACACACUGACGCCAGAGUUCAACUUCAAUCUCUUAUGAUGCAGUGGCUCCCUCUGUCGCAAACAGUUCUUAAUAUGGUCUGUUCAAAAUUGCCCUCACCAAAAGAAAUAUUACCAGAGAAAGUUGAAAAGCUCAUGUGUUCACGAAUACAUGACUUUGAUUCCUAUCUAGAUGAAACAAAAAAAUUAAAAGAGGACUUUUUAGCCUGUGAUAGUAGUAAUAAUAGACCAUUAAUUAUUUUUGUAUCCAAAAUGUUUAGUGUUGAACGUAGUUCUUUACCGGAAAAUAAGCCAAAGGCUUUAACAGCUGAAGAAAUGGCAUUACGUAGAGAAAAAGCGAGACAAAUGCGUGAAGAACUAAAGAAUAGUGCUAAUAAAGCUGAAGCAAUCCCUAUGUCUAAGGAGACAGAGUCUCCAGAAGAAAAAUGUACUGAAGAUGAGAAGGGGAAAGAAGAAAAGGAAGAGCAAAGUGAAACAGCAUUUAUAGCUUUUGCUAGAAUAUUUAGUGGUAAAGUAAGGAAGGGUGAUAAAGUAUAUGUACUUGGACCUAAACAUAAUCCAUCCAAAAUACUUAGUACAGCAGACUUUAAAGUAGAUACUACUAAGAAAUUAAAGGAUUUGAAAAGUGAUGAACACAUUACUUGUGCUGAGAUAAAAUCGCUAUAUAUUCUUAUGGGAAGAGAACUAGAAGAAAUUGAUGAGGCAGUCAGUGGUAAUAUCAUUGGUAUUGGAGGGUUAGAAGAUCACAUAUUAAAAACUGCCAUCUUGAGUAGUAGUCUGGCCUGUCCGCCCUUUAGUGAAAUUCAGUACGCGGCUGUGCCGAUACUAAGAGUAGCUGUUGAACCUACUUACCCGUCACAACUACCGCAGUUGGUCAAAGGUCUUCGGCUACUAAACCAGUCGGACUCCUGUGUCCAAGUUCUGCUUCAAGAGACAGGUGAACAUGUGCUUGUCACAGCUGGUGAAGUUCAUUUGCAAAGAUGUCUUGAAGACCUGAAGAAUCUAUAUGCAAAAAUUCCAUUAACUGUAUCGGAGCCCAUAGUGCCAUUCAAAGAAACAAUUAUUGAACCGCCAAAAAUGGAUAUGGCGAAUGAAGAAAUCGAUUCUCAGAACAUAGACAAAGGAAAUGAUACCGAGCAAGAUCCGGUUGUAACCAUCUACACAAAUAACAAGCAGAGUAGAAUUAAAAUCAGAGCGAGACCGCUUCCCAAUGAAAUAACAGAAUUAUUGGACCGUUCAUCAGACUUACUAAAAGCGAUCUCUCAGCACAUAAAGUAUUUGCAUGGAAUUUCCAACGAGAAUAUAGAAGCAAAAUUCACAGAUCUACAAAUAAAUGGAAAGUCUAAUCUAUCUGAUAGAAUGCUGAAGCUGAUAGAAGCAUUUAUAGCGGAACUAGAAAAUAUCUGUACAAAACUCGGACCGGAGUGGCAAGAUAUCGUUAAACAAAUCUGGUCUGUUGGGCCUAGAAAUUGUGGACCAAAUUUGCUUCUGAACCAAACUGAGGAUUACAGUACGAAAUAUUUACAUCAUGAGAAAAUUCUGAAAGAGGAUUCACGGUUUGAAUAUGAAGGCAGUUUUGUUAAUGGCUUCCAAAUGGCAACAUUGGCUGGGCCUUUGUGUGAGGAACCUAUGAUGGGUGUCGCUUUCUGUGUUGAAGAAUGGAUUUUGGAUAAAAGCGAAAACGAUGAGACACAUUCGUUUGGACCAUUAUCGGGUCAAAUUAUGUCAGCUGUCAAGGAGGGAUGUCGACGUGCGUUCCAAUUGCAGCCUCAAAGACUGAUGGCGGCAAUGUAUUCCUGUGACAUCGUUGUCGACCAGAAAGUAUUAGGUAAGUUACUAUACAAUUUUAAACAUUUUUAA